AGGCAAAGGCAAAGCACCAACCCCUCAAGAGACACAUCCUUGCCUGCCUCUUGCGUUCUCUUCUCCGUAGCUUGCAGAUAAGUAAGCUUGUCCGUUGCGCGGAGAGGGGAGGCGGAUAGGUACAUACAGAUGGAAGGGUUGCAGAGAUCGUCCUCCACUUUCAGAAGGUCCGGCUCGUCGGGCCUGGUGUGGGACGAGCGGUUCCUGACCGAGGGCGCCGAGGCGAAGGCCGCCGGCGAGGGCGGCACCGAUGAAGCCCAACCGGAGAUGCGGCGCUCCCGGAGCACAGGCGGCGUCGGGAUGAUGCUGCGCCGCGGUGGCGAUGAUAAGAAGCAGCAGCAGCAGAAAAAGAAGGAGCAACAAGGCCAGAAGAAGGACGAGGAGCGCGAUCCCCAGGUGUUCCGGACCAAGGAGGUGGCCCCGGACGUGGACCCUCCGUCGCCGAGGGUGUCCGGCUGCAUCCUCUGUGCCAUCUUCGGCGGCUCCAGCUCCGGCCCGGGAGCCGCGGCGCGCCGAGGCCGCGCCAAGCCGAAGAGGAGGCAACGGUCGGCGGUGUAAAGGUUGAUCGGGCCAUGGUGGAUGUCAUGCGAGCUGUGUUUAUACUGGAGUGACGAUGAUGAUAUACUACUGAUAUUGGUUGGUUUGUAUUGUACUCUGCUCUGCGUUACUGCGUACGUAGUCUAUACGUGUCAGGUUAGUUCCUCUUUUUUGGGUUAGUUUCUGGGUUCAGAUCCGUGAGCAGCAGCAGCUGCUGAGAUCUGUGAUGUUCUUUCUUGAUCUUGCGCAUGAAUUUUUUCCCGUCCUUUUCUUGA